AUGGUGGGAUCCGUUCCGCAUGAGAAGGCUUCGGCCAGCGCAGACCAGGAACAGGAUGUCUACGAGAAGCCGCCGGCGACGGCCGUACUGGAAGUUAUGGGCGAGGAGUCACGGCCGAUUGACCCCGAGGUCAAUAGGAGGGUCUUGCGCAAGAUUGACUUGUUUCUCAUGCCUGCCAUGGUUUUCGGAUAUGGACUUGUUUACUAUGACAAGGCAAUUCUAGGAAGCGCAGCCCUCUUUGGCAUGACCGCGGACCUGCAGCUCUCGGUGGUGGACAAUUCGACCACGCCGCCGACCACUGACACCUCCCGCCUCAGCUGGGCCACAUCCAUCUUUUAUUUUGGGCAGCUGAUCGGCUCCUAUCCCAUGACAUAUCUCCUGCAAUACUUCAAUACCCGCUACAUCCUUGGUCCUGUAGUAAUGACCUGGGCCAUCAUCUGUGCCUCCACAGCUGGUGUGACCACAUGGCAGGGUCUUCUUGUCCAACGGUUCUUUCUUGGAUUCACCGAAUCUGUCAUCCCAACAGCAUUCAUGAUCACUGUCAGCGGAUACUACACACAAUCCGAGCAAGCCCUCCGUCAGUCCUGGUGGUUUUCUGGAACCGGCUGGUUCACCAUCAUUGGCGGUGCUCUCAAUUACGGUUUUGCUCAGAUCAAGGGCGGUGCCCUUACACCUUGGCAGUACAUCUACGUCCUUGCCGGUGGCCUCACCUUCCUUUUUGGCCUCUGGUGCUUCGCCUUGCCCAACUCUUCGCUUGAUGCAUGGUUCUUGACACCUGAGGAGCGUAUUGUUGCGGUUGAGAGAUUACGUGCAGGCCAAACUGGCGUGCGGAACCAGGAAGUCAAAUGGUCUCAGAUUAGGGAGGCGGCCCUGGAUAUCAAAGUCUGGCUAGUCGCCUUGACCAUGGCUGCUGGAUACACUGUCAAUGGCGCCGUCUCGGGCUUUGGUCCACUCAUCGUUUCAACGUUUGGUUAUACUUCUCUUGAGAGCAUCCUAUUUCAGUUUCCCCUUGGUGCCAUCUGUGCCGUCGGUAUCCCCCUCUCCGGGUGGAUUUGCUCACGUUACAAGAACAUCCGGAUUCCUCUCCUGAUCUUAUGCUGCCUUCCCGUCAUUGCGGGUUUCGUUAUCAUCUGGAAAUCCGAGUGGGGUCAUCGUCCUGCCGCUCCUGUCGUUGGUUAUUCCAUUGUUGGCUUCUUCGGUCCCGUUGUAGGUUUGACUGUUACUCUUGGCGCCGCCAAUGUUGCUGGUGAGACAAAAAAGAGCUUCAUGGCGGCCGCAGUCUUUGUGGCGUACUGCGUUGGCAACAUCGUGGGGCCACAGUUGGUUAAGAGCCAGUCGCGGAGCAAGCAUUACCCCGAGCUCUGGACUGGCCUAAUAAUUUGUUACGUUAUUACAAUCUUGUCCGCAGCUUCACUUUACAUCGUGCUCUACAGGGAAAACAAGAAACGUGAGCAGAUAGCUACCGACGAUCAUGAACGGGAUAGGCUGGCUUUCCAAGACCUGACGGACAAAGAAAACCCAUAUUUCAGAUAUGCUCUAUGA